CUCCAAAAAAUCUCGCCAAUCUCGCAAGAAUAAUACUAUCGAUGUUAUGAUUCAGCCAAAAUAUCAAAUGGUACCCCAUACUCCUAUUAUUAUCCCAAACUUGAUGUACAAUAUUGAUCCUGAUGAUUAUGUUCCAAGCACUAUGCGUGGCAAACAUCUUUUAGUUCUUGGAGCAACUGGUGAUCUUGGAGCUCAAGUAGUUAACCAAGCACUCGAAGCUUCGUAUCAUGUGACAGCUCUAGUUCAGAAUGAUAUUAACUUACCGUUUACACGUCGUCAAUUAAGAAAUCCGAAUCUUGUGAUAGUAGUUGGCUCAGUGCUUAGCCGCGACGAUUUAGAUAAAGUAAUUGAACAUCAAGACGCCAUUAUAAAUUGCUUGGGGCCAAAACCGUUAUUCGCUACAGACAUCGAUAUUUGUUCACGUAGUCAAUCAUUAAUCAUUUCAAGUAUGAAACGAUAUGGUGUAAGACGGUUGAUUGCUGUAACGUGUCAAGGAAUCACCGACGAUUUCGAUGAUGAUAAACUCAUAAAAUCCACUUGCAUCAUACAACCACACCUUUCAACAAAUGGCAUACAAAAGUUCUUUGAAAAUUUAUUCUCUGGUAAAAUUUUGCAAGACAAGGCAAUUCAAGAAAGAAUUAUAAUAAGUAAUACUAAAUACAUCGAUUGGACAAUAAUUAGACCCGGAAAGUUAACAAAUGGUCAAUUAACUAACGAGUAUACGAUAAAUGAGAAAGCAAAUUACAACAAAGUUUCGAGAGCAAACGUUGCGCAUUUCAUAUUGAAAGAGUUAAGAAGCGCCGAAUGGGUUAGAAAAUGUGUUAGUGUGAAUAGUUAUUAA